AUGGGUGGAGGUAAUAAAUACGCAGCAGGUAGUUCAAAUAACAAACAAAGAACUGCUUUUUUACAUAAUCCAAAGAGUAAAAAAACCGCACACAUUUUAUCACUUCCAAACGAAGGUCUUUGUUAUACAUGUCAUGAAACUAUUGAAUGGAAAAAGAGAUAUAGAAAGUACAAACCAUUAACUGUACCAGGUAAAUGUAACAAUUGCCAUCAAAAGAAUGUAAAAAGAGCUUAUCAUGUAUAUUGUGAUGAAUGUACUUUAAAACUCCAAGUUUGUGGUAAAUGUGCUAAACCAAAAGAUAUUAUAAACGAUAUUACCAGCAAAGAAGUCCAAGAUAAAGAACAAGCACAAAUUAGAGAGGCUGUUAGAGAUAUGACUGAAAGAGAAAGAAGAACUUUUUACAGAGAAAUUGAAAAGAACCAAGGUGAAGUUGAAAAGAAAUCUACUAAAAAAGUUAAAAAAGAAGUCAAUCAUGACGAUGAUGAAGAGGAAGAAGAAGAAGAAGGUGAAGAAGAAGAUUUUGAUAGCGAAGAUUAUGAUGAUGAAGAUGAAGAAGAUGAAGAUGAAGGAGAAAGUGAGAAACCAAAUGCACCAAAAACUAGAGCUCAAUUAACAGUUAAAUCAGUUACACAAGAUAUUGAAAAACUUUCAAAAAUAUUUACAGACGAUGCAGUUGGCACUUUAAUUAAAUCUAAACCAUCAUCAGCCGAUGACGAUAGUAUAAAGAAUAAUAAGAAGAAUUUAGAUGAAGAGGAUGAAGAAGAUGAAGACGAAGAGGAUGUUAGAGAAGUUUUAUCAUCUGAACAAAUGUACCUUAAACUUAAAGAACAAUAUAAAAAUAAAAGUAAAACUGAAAAACAAUCAAAUAACUUAGCAAACAACAAUAAUGAAGAAGAUGACGAUGAAGAAGAUGAAGAUGAUGAAGAUGAUGAAGAAGAUGCUAUUUAUGAAGAUGAAGACGAAGAAGAAGAAGAAGAAGAUGACGAAGAAGAAAACUAA